AUGCCUGAGUUGAAUCAAUUGAAAGUAUCUCCGGCCAUCACUCGUACGGUAUCUCCGAAAGAUUUUGCAAAUAAUGACAAGGUAAAAUUAUCAGGCCGUAUUCUAAAUGUGCUGACAACUUUGCCUACUCAAAUUGUCAGCAACUAUGACUCCAAAGCCAAACGUUAUUACUGGGACGUUGACAUUGUACAUGGUAGUCUGGCUUUGUUUUCAUCGCAGAGCUUUUUACAACAGCACACGGAUUGGGAAACCCAUGUUAUUGCUUGGACAGGAGAGUUGAAGAACAAAGUGAAGAACACAGUAAAUGUUACUGCUGAUAACUUGGAAGACGACCCGUUGUACCUCGACGACGAGGACAAGGAGGAGAUCGAACAAAAGCUUCAAAAGGCCAUAGGGUCGCAGAACAUCCAUCCCAUCUGGUUGUUAAGACGUGAUCAAGAAAGAUGGAGAAAAUAUGCUGAAAAUGUAAUUUGGCCAGUGUUUCACUAUUUCCAGGGAACUCCGUCUGAUGGGAAAGACGAAAUUCAAGAAUGGCAUGAUUAUGUAAAAUUCAACGAGGCCUAUGCCAACAAGAUCAAGCAGAUUUACAAACCAGGUGAUGUCAUUUGGAUUCAUGAUUACUAUUUGUUGUUGUUGCCGCAGUUAUUGCGUAUGGAAUUUCCAGACGCUUACAUCGGCCAUUUCUUACAUGUACCGUUCCCUUCAUCUGAGUAUUUUAGAUGCCUCUCAAAGAGAAGUCAAUUACUCGAUGGUUUACUUGGCGCUGAUAAAAUUGGCUUCCAAUCUGAAUCGUUCCAAAGACAUUUUGUAUCCUGUUGUGCAAGAGUCUUGGGAUGCGAGGUGACCAAAAAUCAAAUAUUUGCUUAUGGAACAACAAUUUCGGUGGAGACAUUACCGAUAGGUAUUGAUACUUUGAAAAUUGAACAGGAUGCAUUUUCUGAGUCUAGCAGCAUCAAUGAAAAAGUUGAAGCUAUCCGGAAUUUGUACAAAGGAAAGAAAAUCAUUGUUGGAAGAGACCGGUUGGAUAAGGUUAGAGGCGUGGUGCAAAAACUUGAGGCUUUCCUGAUGUUUUUAGAAAUGUACCCCGAGUGGAGAGAAAAGGUUGUUUUAAUCCAGGUUUCAACCCCAGGGUAUAGUCACUCUGCCAAUGUCGAACAAAAGGCAACAGAGUUGAUAAAUCAAAUCAAUUCGAGGUACGGGACUUUGAACCAUACGCCGGUGUUGCACUACCAAAUGAGAGUUCCCAAAGACGAGUACUUGGCUUUAUUGCGUGUUGCAGAUUUGUGUUUGAUUACUUCUGUUAGAGAUGGUAUGAAUACAACCGCUUUUGAAUUUGUGAUUUGUCAAAAGUACAAUAAUUCACCAUUGAUUUUGUCGGAAUUCACAGGUACUGCGUCGGUAUUAAACUCGGCCAUUUUGGUUAACCCAUGGGAUUCUGUUGGUGUGUCAAAGACAAUUAAUGAUGCGUUAUCUUUCAGUAACGAAGAAAAGCAAGCUUUGGAGAGCACUCUUUACAAGAAGGUAGCUUCAAACACAAUUCAAAACUGGACUUCGAAGUUUAUCCGUGAUAUAAUUGGCCAUUCAGUGGUCACUCACUCAAAUCAUUACACUCCAGCUUUAAAUCGACCACUUUUGUUGAGGAAUUACAACCACUCCAAAAGAAGAUUGUUUUUGUUUGAUUACGAUGGAACCUUGACUCCAAUAGUGAAGGACCCUGCAGCUGCUAUCCCCUCAGACAAAUUGAACCGGGUGUUGGAUAUUUUGGCCUCGGACCCACAUAAUCAAAUAUGGAUAAUAUCUGGAAGAGACCAAGCUUUUUUGGAAAAAUGGAUGGGCAAAAAGCACGUCGGAUUGUCUGCUGAACACGGCUGCUUUAUUAAAGAUUUGGGAUCGAAAACUUGGGUCAAUUUAGCCGAAGCUUAUGAUAUGUCGUGGCAACCCAAGGUGGAAAACGUAUUCAAAAAGUAUACAAAGCAAACACCUGGAUCUAACAUCGAAAUUAAAAAGGUUGCAUUGACUUGGCAUUACAGAGGAGCCGACCCUGAAUUAGGAGCUUACCAGGCUCAACAGUGCCUCCAAGAACUAAAUGAAACUAUAGCAAGUGAAUAUGAUGUUGAGGUGAUGUCAGGUAAGGCAAAUAUCGAGGUAAGGCCCAAGUUUUUAAACAAGGGCGAAAUUGUCAAAAGGCUUGUCACCCAUCCACAUGGUAAGAAGCAAUCGCUUGAAGAAGAAUACAAUGGCGAUGUACCCCACGAAGAAUUACCUGACUUUGUCUUGUGUUUAGGUGAUGACUUGACUGAUGAAGACAUGUUCAAGUCAUUGCACAAGAUUGAGAACCAGUGGAAGUUGGACAAUGCUCCAAAAAAUGAGUUUGGAACUUAUGGAGUCUUCCCGGUUGCUGUGGGACCAGCUUCGAAAAAGACAGUAGCUACCGCACACUUGACAGAACCAGCUCAAGUUCUCGAAACGUUGGGUUUGUUGGCGGGAACUGUAUCCUUAUUUGAGAGUGCUGGUUCUGUAGACUUGGACGACAGAGGGCAUGUUGCCAAUAGUGCUAGUUCAGUCAAGUCGAAAGAUGCUAUACUUCAAGCAUCAUUAAGGAGGAAGAGGAGCACUGAACUAAAAGGAGUAUCUGCUGCCAAGUAG